AUGACUCGUGACAACAACCUGCUGGGUAAAUUCAACUUGGAUGGUAUCCCGCCCAUGCCUCGUGGCGUACCGCAGAUCGAUGUGACGUUUGAUAUCGACGCUAAUGGUAUUUUGAACGUCUCGGCUGUUGAGAAGUCAACCGGUAAGGAGAACAAGAUUACCAUCACAAACGACAAGGGUCGCCUCUCGCAAGCCGAGAUCGAUCGCAUGGUAGCCGAAGCCGACAAGUACAAAUCAGAGGAUGAAGCGAACAAAGUACGCGUUGAGGCCAAGAACGCGCUUGAAAAUUACGCUUACAGUCUACGCAAUAGUCUGAACGAAGAGAAAAUGAAGGAAUCAAUUCCAAAGGCAGACAAGAAGGUGGUGGACGACAAGGUGACGGAAGUGAUUCAGUGGCUGGAUGCACACCAGUCGUCGGAAAAGGAAGA